AUGCAGCAAAUAUUGUGUCUAGACCCUCAGCUGAGGAUUAUUGUGGUUCUCAGCAAGUAUGUGUCCGAGUCUUUGAAAGCUAUUGGAGUUAACCAACCGAAUACUUUACUCACGGCAUGUCAUCACUACCUGCUGCAGAAUCCCAAGCUCUCAGCAUCAAAUAAGGCUUUUGUUUUGGAAGCUAUUGACAAUGUAGUAUCGGAUACGAAGAUCGUCAAUGAACUGGAUGAACAACUAGUUCUGUUGAUUAUAAAUCUUGCCACGCAGGAAAUGACAAUGACCAGCAAGGACGUCGAUACAGACUGGGCUGAGGCUGGGAAAGAUGUUCUGGUGACCUUGGCAAAGACUCCUCGGUUUGUAACUCAUGUCUUAGACGCAGUACUGCAGAAGUUCCCUCCUGGGUUGACUACAAGUCCACACCGGUAUGUGGUGUUGACUCUAGCUACUAUAGCAGAACACAAUCAUAAUUUCGUAUUUGCUUUUCAAGCUUUUGGACUUGUGCCAUUUCUUACCGACAUCUUAUCUCGAACUGUGCCAUUACUUAGCCACGUUCGUAACGAUUCGUUGAGGUCAGCAUGGACAAGAGCUAUCUGUGCUUUUUGUGAAGCAGUCAGAGAAUGCGAAACGGAGCGACCAAAAGAAGCAGUUGAACAAGAUCUUGAAGGUUUUUUGUCUGCUUUUCACUGUUAG